UCGUUCGAGAUGUAUCACUAGCGACAAUUAGCAAUGUGUUAGCAAAACAGCUUCUGGGUUAGGAAUUUAAAAUAAGUGCAUUUAGGUUGAGGCACAAUGUCGCAGUAUGAAUUAUUUCAAAGCCAAACCAUGUCGAUAAUGACGCUGUUAGCCGACACAGCUCGUGCUGAGAUCUACAGGGUUUAUCAUGAUAACACAGAUACAGAGAAAGCGCUCAAGCUGGCACAGCUUAAUGCUGUCAUGGAGUUUCUGGCGAAGGAGGCGGUACGAAAAAUCUGCCUUCUGUUCAGGUUAUGCAGUGUAGAGAAAGAGUGCAAUGCGGUGGAUUUGGCUAGUGCGCCUGAAAGAUCAGGAAAUGCACAGAGUCUGCCCGAGCCGAAGGAAUCAUCUCUACAACCCGAAUAUGUUCAAACUAUAAUAUCCGGAGCAGCUGCAUAUCUCUUGAGUGGGGAAAAGCCACCAGCUUUACCACCAACUGCAACUCCACAGCAAGAUGUCAUCAAAGAAGACGAGUGUCCUGCCACUCAGGAGCUUGAAUCAGCUACAGCUGUUAGCUCUUCUGUGAAGGUGGACGAAAAUGGAGAAACCAGUUUGAUAAUGAAAGAUGCGGGCUCUUCUGCUGUUGAAGCUAAUAAUGCAGUAAUUACUCCAGCUGUACAAGCCACUGUGCAACCAGCCGAGCUGAAGAAGAACACGUACUAUAAAUGUGAUGUGUGUGAAAGGACUUUUACAAUGAAGCGUUACCUAAUGCGGCACAAGCAAGUACACUCCAAAACAGCUCAUCACACCUGUAAUGUGUGUGGGAAAAAAUACAGGUUUUUAAGAGCACUGAACAAGCACCUCUUGUCUCAUGGCAAAAAGAAGAGAGAGACACAUCCAUGCAAAACAUGCGGGAAAAGCUUCGUAAAUCUGGACAAGCACGAACUCAUCCAUUUAAAUGUGAAGCCGUAUCUGUGUGGCGUGUGUGGAAAAGGCUUCACUCUAGAAUCGGUUUUACUGGUACACCAGAGACUCCAUACGGGAGAAAAGCCGUAUCAGUGUGAGACGUGUGGGAAACGCUUCACUCAAUCCAGCACCCUUCACAUUCACAAGAGGGUUCACUCAGAAGUGAAGCCCUGGAAGUGCAGCCUGUGUGACAAGAGUUUCAAGAGGCAGUCCAGCUUGAAAAAGCACAGUAUAGUUCACACUGGAGAGAAGCCACACACGUGUGAAACAUGUGGCCAGAAGUUUGGUCAUAGGGAAAAUCUGAAAAGGCAUGUCCUUAAUCACUCAGGCAUAAAGCAGUACCCGUGCACAGUCUGUGGUAAGCGCUACAGUCAGAUGAGCUCGCUAAAGGAACACAUGCCAGUGCAUGGAACAGCCAAACCCUUCAUGUGUGACACAUGUGGAAAGACCUUUGUGUACAAUUAUGCCCUGAAAAAUCACAUGUGGACACACACGGAUACUAGUAACGCACAUGGGGCUGAAAAGAACCCUCAGUGCUGUGAAGUCUGUGGGAAAUGCUACAGCUCCUCUUAUGCUUUGAAAAUGCAUCAGAGGCUUCACUCUGAAGACAAUCCGUUUAACUGUAAGGUGUGUGACAAGACUUUCAGCAGUAUGUCUGGCCUGUAUGCACAUGAACAGCGUCAUACAGGGGUGAAUGUUUUCAGGUGUGAGCUAUGCAAAAAGACUUUUGUUAACAAAGCGUAUCUGAAAGUGCAUGAGUUUUUGCACACCAAAGAAAAAGUCCAUAAAUGCUUGCUUUGUGGAAAAGGAUUCAGUCUACCCAAUGCACUUAAGCUGCACAUGCUUAUACACACCGGUGACAAACCCCAUAAGUGUGAAAUAUGUGGCAUGGCUUUUCGCUUAUUGGGAAAUUUACGGAGGCAUAACCGAGUUCACACUGGAGAGAAGCCAUUUAGUUGUGAAGUUUGUGGGAAAAGCUUUAGCCAGCCGAACAACGUGAAGGCUCACAUGCAGAUGCACACUGGUGUCAAACCAUACGCUUGUCAGAAAUGUGGGAAGAAGUAUGCUUAUGUUAGGAAUUUCAACGAUCAUAAAUGUGUGCCUGUGUAAAAUUUGACAAGCGUUGUCAUUGGUCAGGCUGCCUCAGUUCAGUGGCAGAGGAGACAACAUUGCCAACAAGACAUUCAUGCAACAUAGCAUGCAGAGAUGUCCAGUCUAAUAAUAAUGAUAAUUAUAAUAACAAUUAUAACAACAACAAUUUAUUUUUAUUUUUUAUUUUUUAUUUUUUUUGCAUUUUUUUUUUUUUUGCAUUUCGUCUGAUCACUUUUAAGUAACACAGUAGAAAGAUGUAGAAAAUAGAAAUUCUGGACAUAUUUUCAUGCCCAGAACAUGGGCAUAUUAUUUAUAUCAGUAUUUAAAAUACAGAAAGUAUGUCAGUCAGCAAAUUUAAAAUGUUUUUCACAAAGCAUGUUUGUUAUUUUAUGUAAAGAAUUUUUACAGCUGCUCAGCUUCUACUAAUGCAGUUCAAGAAAUAAAACACUUCUUUGUGUCUCUUAAUCUA